AUGCGCAUCCACGAGAGCGGAAUCGACCACAAUUCCGACACACCAACCACGCCCAUCAUGCCCAGCACCACCCUCGCACCGUCCAUCUGCGCCACCACCAACGCCUCCUCUGUAGCUGAUUCCGACACCGCCGACUUCACGUGCCCACACUGUCCACGCACACUCACCUCACGCAUCGGCCUGGUCGGUCACUUGCGAAUCCAUCGCACAGAGACCGGAGAACCAGUGCCUGGAGCACCAACCUACACCCACCAAGCUCGUCUCAACUGUUCACACUGUCCUCGCACUUUCAGGCACCGCAUGGGCCUAUUCGGCCACAUGCGCAUCCACGACGACCUGCGGUAG